AUGUUCAGCAUCCAAGACGUAAUAACUACAACCAAGACUACCUUGGCAACAAUGCCAAAGGGUUACUUACCAAAAUGGUUACUUUUCAUUUCCAUUGUAUCCGUCUUCAAUUCCAUCCAGACUUAUGUUUCUGGUUUGGAAUUAACACGUAAAGUCUACGAAAGAAAGCCAACCGAAACAACCCAUUUGAGUGCAAGAACAUUCGGUACUUGGACCUUUAUUUCCUGUGUCAUCAGAUUCUAUGGGGCUAUGUACUUGAAUGAACCACACAUUUUUGAAUUAGUCUUCAUGUCUUAUAUGGUUGCCCUUUUCCACUUUGGCUCCGAAUUAUUGAUCUUCAGAACUUGUAAGUUAGGAAAGGGGUUCAUGGGUCCAUUGGUUGUUUCAACCACCUCUUUGGUUUGGAUGUACAAUCAAAGAGAAUACUACACCGGUGUUGCUUGGUAA